GCGGGCGGGCGGCAGGAGGGCGGCAGGCAGGGCGCUGCGGGAGGGAGGUAGGGCGCUGCGCGGCGGAGGCGCCUCUCCCGCUCCCCUGCUCCGGCGGCCUGCAGGCGCCCCGAGGCCCGGCCCGGCUCCCCCCGGCUCCCCCCCCCCCCCCGCUCCCGUCCAGCAGCCGCUCCGCCAGCCGAAGGGGAAGGAGCCGCCGCAGAGGCAGAGCCCACCAUGUCGCGGCCGCUCCCGCUGACCCCCCCGUUCCUGCCUCCCACCUACGGGGUGCUCAAGUCCCUGCUGGAAAACCCGCUCAAGCUGCCGCUCGCUCACGAUGACGCAUUCGGUAAAGAAAAAGACAAAGAGAAGAAGUUAGAUGAUGACAGCACCAGUACCACAGUCCCUCAGUCAGCUUUCUUGGGCCCAACAUUAUGGGACAAGACACUGCCAUAUGAUGGAGACACUUUCCAGUUGGAAUACAUGGACCUGGAAGAAUUCCUCUCAGAAAAUGGCAUUCCACCCAGUCCAAACCAGCACGAGCAUAGCCCGCACCAGCCAGGUCUCCAGCAAGCUACCUCAGCAUCACCUUCUGUCAUGGACCUCAGCAGCAGGGCUUCUACUUCAGUCCAUCCAGGCAUGGUGUCGCAGAACUGCAUGCAGAGCCCGGUCAGACCAGGUCAAAUCUUGCCAACAAACCGAAACACACCAAGUCCCAUUGAUCCUGAGACUAUCCAAGUUCCCGUUGGCUAUGAACCUGACCCUGCAGAUCUUGCUCUUUCCAGUAUUCCUGGCCAGGAGAUGUUUGACCCUCGUAAGCGCAAAUUCUCUGAAGAAGAGCUGAAACCACAGCCAAUGAUUAAGAAAGCUCGCAAAGUCUUCAUUCCAGAUGACCUGAAGAACAAAACUGUAACACUUCUGAAGAGGACUGAGGCAAGAAUGUCCCUUAUACGUUAAUCAACAGCUGAAAUUCAUGAGAUCAAUAUUAAUUUCCUUUGUAUGCCAGAAAUUUCCUGCGUGACCUUGGACAAGCUUACUUUGUCCCAUAUUUCCCACUUAUGAAACAGUCUGAUCAUGUUUCCUUUUCCUCCACUCUCUGUCUGUCUCAUCAGCAUAGAUUGUAAAGUCUUCAAGGAAGAAUCUCUCCCUCACGGGGUGUAGUCCACAGAGGCCCCUGAUAAUGACAGAAUGAAAUACAGUUUGUCUUGUUCGGAAGUUUCUUUAGCUCUGCGUAUAACAAUGAAUGGGAACACUACACUAAAUACUACUAAACUAGGUGAAAGGAUCUAAACUAGUUGAAGGGAAGCAGAACAAAAUAAUUCUGCCGGUAAGCGUAUUUUAAUACAAUAUUUAAAAUAUAAUACAACAAUAAUGCAAUAAUUAAAAACAAAAAGAACACUUGUUUAUGUUUCUCAUUGCUUCUGAGAUGUGAAGAACAAAGAACUUGCUAGAAGAGAGCUGAACAAAUUGAUCAGCUGAUUCAGUUUAUCAAAUAACUGUGAAAAUUGUCAUUAUUUGCAAAAUUCUAUUCCCAGUAUGUGAUUUCCAAGACGGUCUUUUUUUUAUCAGAAGUAGUCAGUGAAGAAUUCUGCUGUGGCCCACCGAGAUACAGACUGAAAGCCUGUUGGUGUUGGUGGGAAUCUUCAGCUGUGCACACAGAGGCUGGGAGGGCAUGUGUUUACACCCAGUGAUAGCAUUAGGGAAGGAAGCUGAUGCUCUUCACUAUUUUCAAGGAUAAUGUUGUGUGAGCUAAAAGAGCGCACAACACCAGUGGUGUCACUAUGUGGUGUCCUCAGUUUUCAUUCAGAAAGAUUUCUCUGCACUGUGCCAUUAUUUUUCAGGCAAAUUUUACUGCUUCUGAUGCUCUGCUGGCAUUGCAGUGUACUGAGGUCUGCCUAAAGAGAGGUGUUCAGUACAGAAAUGGCUACACAGGUGUAAGGAGACUGGAGUUUGCCCCUCAGUGUCAUUCAUUUUGUGAUAUCUGCUCAGUGUCCUUAUAUUGUCAAAGCAAGCUUUUGCCAAAAGUGCCCUUGGACUGUUUCAUACCAGAUGUGGAAAAUGUCUUGCAUGCAGCAGUGGAGCACCCAAGUUCUCAGCCUAAGACUGAAAGGGUUCAGUUCAAGGUCCCUCACUUCUCUGAGAUACUCACAUCAGAUGCCCUUGACUCAGUUCAGAAUGCUUGACCCAAGCGCUGCUUCUGCCCUGGCGUGUGGAAUGGCUGUUGAGUUCUCGGGGUGGGUAAGCAGAUUAGACCAGUCAAUCGUCUCUGGGUUGCAUGUGAUUUUGAAAUGCCAGCCUUACCUCUUUCGGGUCUGGAUUAAGGGAUUUGCCAUAGCAAUUUGUUAAAAUAAAGAUGGAUGAAGCCUAGGUGGCACACUAAUAAAUUGCUUAAAGCUGAUUUUUUGGAGUGGAGUGAGAUGGGAAAUUAUAAACAAGAUUCAGGUCAUAGCUUUUUGCUGCAUGCUUGUUUUUAAGAGGAGUUUUGGGGGGUGGUCCUAUCUAAGUGCAGGUGAAAAGCAAUUUAGAGAUGCACUGACUCCAAAUCAUCUUUGCUGUACAACUCACAAAGCUAAACUAGUAUAAAGCAGUUGUAGAGUACUUGUAGCAGUUGUUUUGCUCUUGUUUUGUCUCGUGCAAGCAGCGGCAGAAGAUGCAGAGCAGCAGCAUUAGGCCUGGCCUGUUUCCUGCAGAAGUAUGAGGCAGUGGGGGGGAUUUCCCUGCUCAGUGCAGUGGAGGACCAGAUGGCUCCUGGUUCUCGCCCUGGAUAUGGGGCUGUGCUGCGAUGCUUGAUGAAGCAAGGGCUGCCCUCAGACUGUAAGCAAAUGUAAGCAUAUAAAAAUGGAGGAGUGACUCUGGGAGGGCAAGUUUGAGCUGGACAGCUCGACCAGGCAGUCUGAGUGUUGAGUGGCUCUAUCACUCUCUGCAGGGGAUGGAAUUUCCCUUUUCCUGAGACACUCUGCCCACUUUGUGUUCAGUGAGUUUCCGGAUUUCUAGGGCUUAAUUUUCAUAGCAGUGCAGAAGCUGCCAUUUCACUGAAGGCCAUUUCAUUAGAAAAGCCACAAAAUCAAGUGAAAUUAAGUAGUGACUUGCAGUCUUUGCACAAAUGCAACUAAGGUGAUGUCCUAGAGACAAAGCUUUAAGGACAACACUUUGGGAAUGUGUUAGCUUAUGAAACUUUAGAGAUGAGUGGACCUAUUUCUGGCAAAUGCUUUUUUCUUCACUGUCAAAGCCUAUUGUACUAAUCUCUUUGCGGACAGUACCAGAGCAGCCGUCCUUGUUUUGCCAUUCCUGAAUUGGCUGUGAAGCUGUGCCAAGGGAUCCUCUUCCAGUGGUUCUAGAGUGCAAACGUGAACCCUUUGGGGUGUUGUAGAGACAGGGAAAGAGCCGAACGACAGAGGACAUGGAUGGUUCCAACAAGCAGAGCGAACCAGGUGUUGGCUGGCAAAACAGAUGAGCAGGGACAUACAAGAAGUAAUUAGUACUGCUCCAGCAACCGGUAGCAUGAGUCAUCACACGUGAAGCUGGAUGUGCUAACUAUAACUAGGUCAGCGGAGACGUGCGAUGGGUUGUACUGCUGGAAUAGCGCUUCGGUUGUGCUUGGAGGACUUCAUGCUCAAGAGGAUGAGGGGCUUAGCCUCUUUCAUUUUGGCAGAAAUACACACAGGUCUCUGCACUCGCUCCCUGGGUUAUGCCGUGUAAAUCUGUAACUUCUGUCCCAGCAGUGCCUGGCAUUGUCUGGGCUCGUUGGCCUGGCAAACAAAAUAGGCCACGGCCAGCAAAAUCCGCGGUGUUAAGUCAUGCCCAGCCCCGAGGCUGUGGCCGAGAGCACAUCCUGCUGGCUGCUCAGUUUACUGAAAUCUAAUAUCUUGUUUGUUUCCUUCUGUGUUUAAUGAGCAGGAUGACAAAUACUGGGCAAGGCGCAGAAAGAACAACAUGGCUGCCAAGCGGUCGAGGGAUGCCCGCCGGCUGAAGGAGAACCAGAUCGCCAUCCGCGCCUCGUUUCUGGAGAAGGAGAACUCGGCUCUCCGCCAGGAGGUGGCCGACCUGCGGAAAGAGCUGGGAAAAUGCAAGAACGUCCUUGCGAAGUACGAAGCUCGACACGGCCCCCUGUAAAGUGAAGGGAGGGGAGCGGGGUUUUUUCUUUUUUCUUUUUUUUUUUUCAGUUGCGGGUUGGCAUUUGAAUAGAUGGACAAUGUGUUUCCUGUUUGAUAGCACCACGCCCAAACCAACCUUUCUGUCUUCAGCACUUUACCAGAAGCAGAAACAAAACUGACUUAUGUUCUUUUUUUUGUUUGCGUAUGCGUGUACCUGCGUAUGUGUGCACGUGUGUUCACACGUCUGUACAUGUGUGUGUGUGCAUGUUGUGUGUGUGUGUGUGCGUGCGCACGCAUCUCAGCACUUCCCAUUUUUACGAAGCCCUCUUCAAAGGGUGCCACAUUUUUACCUGGACUGUUGAGAACCGCCAUAGUAAGCUUUUUAUUAUAUUUUUUCAGUGCUGCUUCAGAUUAGGGUUUUUAUGUUAUUGUAACCAGUUCCAUCCUCCUGAUUUACUUGGAAAGAUCCCAGUAUAAAUUAUAAAAAAAGGAAAAAAAAAAAGAAAAAAGAAAAAAAAAAGUAGAUCUCAGUUUUUCGAGAGUAACAAGCUAUUGUUUAUGUCUAAUCAGAAAAGUUAACGCUAAUAAAGUGCACAAAUAAUAAUUUAGUACUACACUGCAGAGUUAUUAAUUUAUAGAUUGCUUUUGUUGUAUUUUAAGUUUUGGUGAUAAUUGUCUUCAGAUUUAAAGUGCUGUUAGACUGAGUUAGCUAUACUCAUUAUAGAUCCCAUAAUGGCUUCUCUAUAGCUAUUAAGGUUCCUUUUAUUUCCACAGACCCCAGGUAGAUAGGAGUACUAUUGAUAGACCACAGCGUGUGUAUUUUGCACUGUCUGUACCUGAAGCAAUAAUCCUAUUGUACGCUAGCGCGCAUGCUGCCCGGAUGUUCCUAGUGGACGUAGGAUGGUUUCCCUACUCAACAGAAGUUUUCAUGUCUUUAACAAAAAAAAUUUAAAAAGUAAAAGUCACAUUAAUGUGAGCAUGCUAAUUGUAUCCCUGCAAUGGGGAGCGCAUGUAUAAGAAGCAGGAUAAUUAGUUGAAACAACAAAAUUAAUAAUAUCAAAUCAGAUCCGAUGUUGAAAUCAGAGGGGCUUUACUGUUUUCAGUUAGUUAUGCAUUUCUUCAAGUUCCAUUUUGUGAUUACAAAUUAAAUAACCUAAAUUCAGUUGUUUCUUUCCCAUGUUUUGUAAUAUACUUUCUGUGGAUUAUAUCUUGCUGUUUGAAAAAUCACUUUUAUUCAGUUAGAAGAAGUCACUGGUUUGCAAAGCCCAUUUUUCCUAGUGAUUGUUGUUUUGAGUGUGACAUGAACUGAUGGUUCUGAACUUUAGUGUUUUAAACUCUAUUUGCUUUUGAACACAUGUUCUAAUAUAAAGUGGACUUCUGAGAAAUGAAUGUAAGAGACACUGGUGUAUUUCAGAAGGGGAUGGUGUUGUCAUAUACUGUGGUUAAUCCAAUCAAUCUAAGUGUUUACUAUAGACCAAAAGAAUAGAUAUUAUAAAAUGUAUAAAGUUUAUACAGAAUAAUUAUAGUACGUUUGUUUUGUACAGUAUUUUUCAAGUACAAAUACUGACAAUGUAUUUUGAAAGACAUAUAUUAUAUAUAGCAAAGAGAAAAAGCUAUUCCAUGUUUAAAAUAUAUAGCAAAGAUAUAUAUUCUCCAUUAUUGUACAGAAAGGAAAUGCUUAGGGGUUUGUUGUUUUUUUUUGUUGGUUUUUUUUUUUUGUAAUCUUUAAUAUUUUAAGCCUGCCACUGGCACACCGGCAUGUUCUGUGCUUUAAAUUAAAUUUUUUAUGGAAGUAAUACGGCUUUCAAGGAUGUUCCAUAUUACUGAAAAAGAGAGACUUUAUUAUUUUCCAUCAGAAACACAUAAAGAAUCUAUUUAAUAGGGACAAAGCACAAUAUGGAUUUUAGUCAACUAUUAAUUGGACAAUACAAUAUUUUAUAAAGGCAGAAAAACAUUAUAUAAUAAAAAACAUAGUCUUUUCUAAUUCUGCUGCUGAUGGUAGAAUCUGUUUCCAACUGAUUUUUUUAAUAUAUAUCUCUGUUCAUGUAUACAGUUGUACGUACUGCGUACAGUUAUUAACAUGUGAGGAAAAUAUGGUGCUACAUGUCUUGCUCACAAUUUUCUAAGUGUUUUGACAUUAUUUUCAAAUAAAAAGGUUGUUCAUUCCAUUAAAUAAUUAUUCAUGCUUCAGGAGAUUGUUGCAAAGGACCCAACAUUUUGUUCAGCAUAAAAAAUAUCCUCACAUCAAUGGCAUUUUUCCAGUAUUUUUCCUCAAACGCACCCAACUUGUCCCUUAAUGUGCAGUACUCGCCUCUGGACCAUUUAUUCAGUGAACUGAAUUUCCAUGUGCUGCAGCAAAGUUUAAAGUGUAGUAAGUUAUUUUCUAGAGGUCAGUAUAAGCCACUGGAUGCAUGGGUAGAGAAACGAGGCUGACUGUUUGGUAUAAGUCAGUGUAUCUGCUAUAUCCCCUAUGAAAUAAACCUUUGGUUUUUCCUUUGGAGUAGGUUGUGUGACAGUGGGGGGGCUCAGCCAGCCAGCCACUGCUAUGAAUAUGUUUUUAGCAGCAACAUGGCAAAAUGCAACAGCUUCUCAUCACCCUCGCUAUGAGUGUUCUUGGGGUGAUGCCUGAACAGCAGAAAUUAAGUAUAUGAAAUGGGCUGGUACGUAAAUAGCUAGAGCCAUCGUGCACUGCAUUGUGACCACAAAAUGUUCUUUAAAAUAUAAAAGGCAGCUUGGGAAAAAAAAAUGCAGAUGAUUAUUUAGUUUCUUUUGGGCAGGGAAGGGGUGGGAGAUGGUAGUUUUGUAGGUUGGCUAUCACAGAUUUAUUAAGUCACGGCCACAGAGGAGCAGAGGCUUCCAGCAAUGACCUCGUCCAGCAGCAGCAAUGCACCCACUCGGAGCUCAGUGGGAGGAGGCAGUGCCUGGGCACCCAACUGGGGCAUCGAGAGGCUUUUGGGGGACUUUCAUAGGAGCCUGUGGGGCUUGGGCACUCACCUCUUACUGUGGGAGCUCAGUACCCAGGCUCAGCUGGAAAGAAAAUAAAUGUGGGCUAAAACCUGGAAAAAAGCCACAAGUUCUCCAACCAGUCUGUCUCCCCAGAAUGGCAGUAUCAAGGAAACCCAGAAAGUUUAGCUCAUUUUCAGGUCCUAAGGUCAGCUUAGCUGGGAUCAUCACACCUCUGAUGGCUUUGAAGGAGCUUGUAGGCAUAAGAAAUUCUAAUUUUAUAAAAAUAGAAAUAUAUAUAUUUGCAGAAUAAUUACUAUUGUGUCUAAAUAAUUCACUGACCUCUAUUAAAACAUAAGCAUUGGUAAAAUGCUUUUUUUUUUUUCUCUAAGUCUUAGAAGUGAAUUCUUUCUUUUUGAGAAGGAAUAUCCUCUAAAAAUAAAUUGCAUUUGAGAUGUGUUUGUGAAUAUGAGCACCUUGGGACUCUGCUUGGGAAGGCACGUGGCAGAGAGUAGGAAGGAGUUACUUUUUCCUUUUUGAAUGGUGCUAAAAAGUCACUAAACCGAGCACCAUGGAACUAAAGUUUUGACUUGAAUCCACAUAAGCAAGAAAUAGAAUGCAAGGGAUGCACGUUAGCUCGGCUUCCUGCUUGACUUGCUCAGCACUGCCUGCACCUAACAGCACAAAUGCUGCAGUGGCAAGCUGGAAGUUGGGUGCGUUAAGUGGUGCCGAAGGACCCCGAACAUUUGAUUAUCUUGCCUCCGUGGGUUUGUAAUAGCCCCAAUUAUUGCUUUAAAUCUAUUUUUGCAUGUGAUUUAUGAUAGAGAUGUGCAGUUUAUUUUUAUUUUGUUGAUUUUUUUAUGUGAAGAAAGAAAUAUGUAUGAAUUAAAACUUACAAGUGAUCAACCAUCGUAUUUCUGGCAACACCACAAGACAGCAUCUGUUUAAAUACAAGUUUAAUAAAUAAGAUCAAAUUAACUGUAUGACAUGAAAUGGAUUGCAUCCUGUAUGCUGUUCAGCCCAAACCUUUUUUUUUUUUUUGUCUGUUAUUCUUAAUGUUUAAUAAACUUUUAAAUUUUUCU